GGACCAGUCGUGCUUACCUCGGCGAAGCCAGCGCGCGUUGAUUAUCGCAAGUUAGCCAGAUACGCGCCAAGAACUGUUCGAAAUGACAAUUGACAUCCUCCCGGGGUCUGACAAGUGACAUUCGAAAAUGGUGUGUGAAAAUGUGCCGAUGCGAAUUUCGAAUUUGGAAUAGUGCGAAAAUUCAAGAUGGACUUGACUACACGGCGAGAAAACGAUGGGGUCAAUGGGACCGAGUGCCGUGAUGGUAAUGGGGAGAUUGGUUCAGAAGUGCCCACCAGGAAAUCCACCUCGUUUACUAUACGAAAUCUUGUUGGCGGCGACGAUCGGCCUGCCGACGGAGCCGUAAAUGCGAGUGAAGGUAAGCCGCUUACAGACUUCAGACUUAUUUACGACUACUACGCGCAAGAAUACCAGAGAUACACGAGUAUGGGCAUAUCGGAAGCAAAAGACGACUCGCCACGGACAACUCCGGAGCUCCACAGAUCGGACCAGUCACCCUCAGACAGACCCCAGGGCUCCGCUGACAGCGAUGACGCUGAUGACUUUGCCCCAAAAAGGAAGCAACGCAGAUAUAGAACCACCUUCACAAGCUUUCAACUAGAAGAGCUGGAGAAAGCAUUCUCAAGAACGCAUUAUCCUGACGUUUUUACAAGAGAAGAACUCGCUAUGAAGAUCGGUCUUACAGAAGCAAGAAUUCAGGUUUGGUUCCAGAAUCGAAGGGCAAAAUGGCGGAAACAAGAGAAAGUUGGGCCUCAAGCGCAUCCCUACAACCCUUACUUGGGUGGUAGCGCUCCGCCCCCACCAUCAGUGGUCGCUUCCAUGCCAAACCCUUUUUCCCAAAUCAGUUUUGGCUUUAGAAAACCUUUUGAUGCAAAUGCAUUGGCGUCUUUUCGAUAUUCAAGUGCUCCAGUGAUUGGAUCACAAUAUCUCAACGCACCUCUUUCCCGCCCGCCCAUAUUCAGCGCCCCCAUGUACACAUCAACGCCCCCCUUCCACUCACUACUCGCUGGACUCACAGCUCCACCAAGGCAAUCUCCCGACCCACCUCCCGUGUCACCUCCUAUAUCUCCCGGCAGCGAAUCACCACCCAACCAAGCACCUGAAGUCGAGCGUAGGAGUUCCAGCAUUGCUGCACUUCGGAUGGCGGCAAGAGAACACGAAUUACGACUUGAAAUUCUUAGGCAAAGACAUCACACUGACAUGAUCAGCUGAACUUUGUGAUAUUUUAAGUGGUUUCGUUAAGCGGUUUGUGCAAAUCCGGACGCCGCGAUGUGUCUAGUUUGAAAACCUAGCAGGAGUCGUCGAAACUUUUACGAUUGUCUAAAGCAGUGUUUCCCAACGUGAGGCCCACGCCCCAUAGAGUGGCAAAUCUAUUGUUAAGGGGAUCUAUUCAAAAAUUUAUUAAAUUUAUUUCGAAUUUGAAUUUCACUUCAUUAUAUGUUUCUAGUAAUUUCUUCCCUAAACCUAUCAUUUAAUUUUUAAAUGAACAUUUAAAUUUUUAUAUAUUUAAGUUAUGCAUAGGGGCCCAACCCUAUAAGAAUUUUAGAAAGGUGUAGUAUAGCCCUGAAAAGGUUGGGAAUCACUGGUCUAAAGCCACAUUGUAGAAGACUCGUCAAAAUAAAAAGCACAACGCUCCACCACAGAGUAAAAACGAUGACAGUAAUAUAGACAAUAGAAAGCUUUAUAUUUACGAUUAAAGUGGAGUUUGACAGCUCCGACAUGACAAUGUACAAAAACACCGUGUUCAUAAUUAUAGCGCGCACAAAAUAAUUUUAAUAUUGGGCUGUUUUACAAGGGUUGCACAUUUAGAUUGGUUUUCAGUUUUAUGAUUUUUUUUGUUUAGUAUUAAGAAAAGACAUACCAGUAAGUUUUAAGUAACAAAAUUUAUAUUAAGUAACAAAAACUACGAACGGUCGAACGAUAUUAUUUUAAAAUUAAAUAAGAUUUUGAAACUCGAAUUUUGAAUAGUGCCUUUGAGUCGGUGUGUAUUUUUAUUAAGUUUAUAGAUGUGUUAUUUAGUAUAAUGUUUGUAACUGCAUCCGUCCAAUUAUUGCCUUAUAUUUAUUAUAGUGUAAGAUAGUUGUACAUAAUAUCUACAUUUAGUAUUAGAUAUUUUCAAGUGUGAUUAAAUUUAUACCCCUGUUUAAGUUCCAUUGCAAUACCUGAAUGUUCCUUAUCCACUAGACAGUCUUUGUCUUCCUUGACUAAGAGAUCGUCAUGUAACGGUUUUAGAUUCUAUAUAAAUUAAAACAUAAUUGUGUAAUGGACUACCUAAAUCUUUAAGAUAAUAAACAUUGUAAAAAAUAGUCUUGCUGUCCAUAAUCUGUAGAAAUCUGUUUCACAACAUUCCAAGAUUAAGCAGUAUUACAAUGUUAAUUUUGAGACUACUAAAAAUAUUAUUUUAAUAUAUACUUAACAUUUGGAAGUUCAUUUUGAUCCAAAGAAACACAUUUCCAUAAAAAUCAUUUAGAUUAAAAUCAUAUGUUUGUUUUCUUUAC